AUGGGUUUGGGUUUGGGUAACGGGUUAAGGGAUAAGGUCUGUUAACAGAAAAAGUUAGAUCUAAUGCAUGUAAUAUUUUCGCAAAAGUACCCAUUUAUAAUACGUGUUUUUAAAAUGAUAUUUUACAGUUGAGAUAAGUGUGUAAAGUUUCAUGAUAUAUGCAAACACAUUGGCUGUCAAAGUGAACGAGAGGCCCUAUUAAGUCUGCUGUGACGUUAUGAUGUCGGGUCUGAGGAAGUGUCUUGUAGUUUCCGUCAACACCGUCACGUGGUUACAGCGGCGAUGUUUCCGACCCAGCCGCGUGUGUCUCAAACUUGAACUGAAGUACGAAACGGACCGCUAUAACGGAGUGCUGGUCGACCUGGCCGGGAUGCCUCAUGAGAUAUCGGACAUCGACUUUGACAAACUGUUAACAGACUCCUUGAUGUCGUGGCGCAGUGAACGCAAGUCGAACGUGUGGAUGAAGGUGCCCAUGUCUCUCAGCAGCCUCAUCAGCGUGGCCGGCCACCACGGCUUCACGUACCACCACGCCGAGGGCACGUCAGCCAUGCUUAAACUGUGGCUAGACGACAGCAGAGAUGACGUCACGCCGCAGUUCGCAACACACCAAAUAGGAGUCUCAGGUUUUGUUAUCCGAGAGGACGUCAGACAACUGCUGGUUGUUCAGGACAAACACAGACCCCACACAUUGUGGAAAUUUCCAGGCGGUCUAGCAGAUUUAGGAGAGGAUAUAGGUGACACUGCUGUGAGAGAAGUGUACGAAGAGACAGGUAUUCACACACAAUUUAUCUCCAUACUCGCAUUCCGGCAACAGCACAGUCAGCCGGGAGCUUUUGGACGCUCGGAUAUUUACGUAAUAUGUCGUUUAAAGCCGUUAUCGUUCGACAUCAAGCCAUGUAUUUCGGAAAUUAGGAAGUGCGAAUGGAUGGAUCUGGACAGGCUAAGGAAUGAGGUGUCGUCCACAGCGCCCUUGACCUUGAGACUGGUGGAUCUGGUGCGGUUCGGCUUGGAUUCCGGAUUCGACAACAUUGAUAUCUGCGGGGAGGAGAUGCUCUCGAUAUACAAGGGCUUAAAAUAUAAACUGUAUCACAGACCGCUUCCAAGUACGUGGAAGCUGUGAUGUUUUCUCUUUUUUAGCUAUGUUAUUUAAUCUAGUGAUGUUUUUAAGAUAAGACAAGGUCUCAUUGCAGGUGACUUACUAAAUGAUAGAAACAAAAUUAUUCUUGAAAAUAAUAUUCAUAUAAUUAUGGAAAGAAAUAAGGGAACAUAUGGUAUCAAAUUUAAUUCACUUUUAGUUAAAGUUUGUUUUGUUUAAUGACACCACUAGAGCACAUUGAU